AUUCUGGUUCCAGCGGAGCCUCAUGGACGCGGAGAUGGAAAUCCCGAGGCUGCUCCCGGCUCGCGGGUCGCGACAGGGCGGCGGCGCUGGCAGCCCCGGGGGCGGCGGCCGGAUCCACGGAGGUCCUGACCCGCGGGCCGGCCAGGCCCCCGCGCGCCGCCUCCUGCUGCUCCGGGGCCCCCAAGAUGGCGGGCCCGGGCGGCAGCGUGAGGUGGCCCGCGCGGCCUCCCCGGGCCCGGGCCCUAGCCCGUUGGUGCCGAGGCCCGAUCACGCUGGCGGCGGCGGCGGCGGCGGCGGCGGCGGCGGCGGCGGCGGCGGCGGCGGCGGCGGCGACGACGAUGGCGAUGACUUCUUCUUCGUGCUGCUGGACCCGGUGGGUGGAGACGUAGAUUCCACGGGCGCCAGCCAGGCCGCAGGGCCCCUAUGGAGGGAGGAGGCCGGGCUGGGCCCACGGUUCCAUGGGCACGAAAGCGGCGCGAACCCCGAGGGCCGCCCUGCGCUGGGCCCCAGCUCCCUGUCCGCUAUCCGCGCCCCAGUCCCGGCCCUGGCCCCGAUUCCCGCCCCAGUCCUGGGCCCCGCCGCGGCCUUCGCGGGCACCGUCACCAUUCACAAACAAAACCUGUUGUUGCGCUUCGAGAACGGCUUCCUCACCCUGGCCACGCCCCCGCCGCCAGCCUGGGCGCCUGGGGUCGCCCCUGCCCCGCAGCCCGGGGGUCUGAUCGCCCCGCAAGCGGGGAUCCCGCACGCCGCGCAGCCUGGGGACUGUCCCGAGCUGCUGCCCGACCUCCUGCUGGCCGAGCGGGCCGAACCCGCGCCCGCCCCAGCGCCCGAGGAGGAGGCGGAGGGCCCGGUUGCUGCUGAGAGUCCCCGCGGGCCGCUAGGCCCGGGCCAGGGCGUGGUGCUGUACCUGUGUCCUGAGGCGCAGUGCGGACAAACCUUUGCCAAGAAGCACCAACUGAAGGUGCACCUGCUGACGCACAGCAGCAGCCAGGGCCAGCGGCCCUUCAAGUGCCCCCUGGGCGGUUGCGGCUGGACCUUCACCACCUCGUACAAGCUCAAGAGGCACCUGCAGUCACACGACAAACUGAGGCCCUUUGGCUGCCCGGCAGAGGGCUGUGGCAAGAGCUUCACCACGGUGUAUAACCUCAAAGCACACAUGAAGGGCCAUGAGCAGGAGAACUCAUUCAAAUGCGAGGUGUGUGAGGAGACCUUCCCCACGCAGGCCAAACUCAGCGCCCACCAGCGCAGCCACUUCGAGCCUGAGAGACCCUACCAGUGCGCAUUUUCGGGCUGCAAGAAGACGUUUAUCACAGUGAGUGCCCUGUUUUCCCAUAACCGCGCCCACUUCAGGGAACAGGAACUCUUUUCCUGCUCCUUUCCUGGCUGCAGCAAACAGUACGACAAGGCUUGUAGGUUGAAAAUUCACCUUCGGAGCCACACUGGUGAGAGACCUUUCCUUUGUGACUUUGAGGGCUGUGGCUGGAACUUCACCAGCAUGUCCAAACUCCUUAGGCACAAAAGGAAGCACGACGAUGACCGGAGGUUCAUGUGUCCUGUAGAAGGCUGUGGGAAAUCUUUCACGAGGGCCGAACAUCUGAAAGGCCACAGCAUAACCCACCUGGGCACAAAGCCUUUUGUGUGCCCCGUGGAAGGCUGCUGUGCCAGGUUCUCUGCUCGCAGUAGUCUCUACAUUCACUCCAAGAAACACUUGCAGGAUGUGGACACUGGGAAAAGCCGAUGCCCAGUCUCCACUUGUAAUAAACUCUUCACAUCCAAGCACAGCAUGAAGACCCACAUGGCCAAAAGGCACAACCUGCGCCAGGAUCUCUUAGCUCAGCUAGGAGCUGCAAAUUCUCUUACGCCCAGCAGUGAACUUACCAGCCAAGGGCAGAAUGACCUCGGUGAUGCAGAGCUUGUGUCUCUCUUCUCUGAUGUGCCCAGUAAUAGUUCUGCUGCAGUAUUGGACACCGCAUUGGUGAACUCUGGGAUCUUGACUAUUGAUGUGGCUUCUGUGAACUCAACUCUGGCAGGGAACCUCCCUGUUAAUAAUAAUAAUAAUUCCUUAGGGCAGGCGGUGGACCCUCAGGCCUUGAUGGCCACCAGUGACCUUCCUCAAAGUCUGGACACCUCACUCUUCUUUGGAACGACAGCCGCUGGUUUUCAGCACAGUCCCUUAGAUACGGAUGAUGUCUCAAGUCUAAGUGUGGGGCCUUCAGGAUCUCUGAGCUCUUUGACUAUGAAAACCUCGAGUCAAGAGCCCCAAGCUUUGACCCCCAGCAGUAAGCUAACAGUAGACACAGAUGCUCUGACUCCUUCGAGCACCCUUUGUGAAAACAGUGUCUCAGAACUACUGCCGCCAACCAAAACGGAAUGGAACGUACAUCCUGAUUCUGACUUCUUUGGACAGGAGGAAGAAACCCAGUUUGCAUUCUCCAAUCCAGCAGGAAACCAUGGGUCUCAGAAAGAAACAGAUCUUAUCACAGUGACUGGCAGCUCAUUUUUGGUACCAAUAAAACAGCUGUUCAUAAUGAGAACUCUCUAAAAAUUUACCAGUUUAGAAGUUUCUCCAAUUUAAAGGAUCCAUCAUCUGACCACUGACAACUCAGACCAAUAAUACUCAAGAGGCAUCCCCACAAGACAGCGCAAAGGAUAUAGCCUUCACAAGAUCUAGAAAGUUUACUCCCCAAAAGAGUCUAAGAAAGUAAAGGGCCUCAUUGUACAGGCAGAUACACGAAGGUUAAGAUGGCAAAGGACCCUGAGAGUUGGCACAGACAAGAAAAAGACUGCUCAGAAUCCCAGUCUAUUUGACUGGCUGCCAAAUACACAGGAUAUGUACCUUCUGGAUGGCAGAGGCCAAGCUCUCAAACAAAAGGGAAAAAAUGCCUAAGAAGAUCAGUUAGAACAUCUACAUGUCAAUGACACAGGGAGAGAAAUGCAAAUUCCCCCUAGAAGGGCUUUUGUUCCUUUAGGGUCAGAAUUCUGAAGACAUUUUAUCAAGCUGGAUUUUUCUAGCUGCUCAUGCAAAAAACGAAGUAAUUUUUGUAUGUCAAAAGAACUCCAAUUAGGCUAUUUUAAGUGAGAUUUCCUUUAAUUAUCAAUUAAGCAAGUACAUAUAAGUAUACAUUCUUUAUGCACAUAAUAAAAUCUUCCGAGUGCCUCUCAACUGAGGAUAACCGACUCCGUGUCUUUCAACUGAGCAAAAUCUUCCCAGCAUCUUUCAACCGAGGGAACUCAUUCAGUGGUACUCAGGUACCUCUUCUUGAAACUAACUUUCAAGGAACACCUACUCCUCCAGUGAGGAGUUUAACACCACUGAAUAAAACUUAGGAUCAACAGCCAAUAAUGGGAGAUCCAAGAUCAAGGAGAGACUCAGCCAAAUUCAUUUGGACUCUCCAAGGAGGUGACCAGGCACAAGGGGCCCUCUCCUGGUACCAAAGCUCUGAUUCUUCAUGGAGUUCAGGUGAAGGAGAGAAGUAUGCUCUGGAUCCCUUUGUGGUCACCAAAACUGCUGACUGAAUAAAAGCACUACCUAAAAGUUGA